AUGACAGCCGUGUUUCUGCCCCUGCCCUUCUCCCCCAUGACCGUGACCAUGGCCGUGACCGUGACCAUGGCCGUGACCGUGACCAUGGCCGUGACCGUGACCAUGGCCGUGACCAUGGCCGUGACCGUGACCAUGGCCGUGACCGUGACCACGACUGGGACUAACCAGGCCCCGUUCAGAACCAGGCCCGUUCAGAGCCAGGCCCCGUUCAGAACCAGGCCCGUUCAGAGCCAGGCCCCGUUCAGACCCAGGCCCGUUCAGAGCCAGGCCCCGUUCAGAACCAGGCCCCGUUCAGAGCCAGGCCCGUUCAGAGCCAGGCCCGUUCAGACCCAGGCCCGUUCAGAGCCAGGCCCGUUCAGAGCCAGGCCCGUUCAGAGCCAGGCCCGUUCAGAGCCAGGCCCCGUUCAGAGCCAGGCCCCGUUCAGACCCAGGCCCGUUCAGAGCCAGGCCCGUUCAGAGCCAGGCCCCGUUCAGACCCAGGCCCGUUCAGAGCCAGGCCCGUUCAGAGCCAGGCCCGUUCAGAGCCAGGCCCGUUCAGAGCCAGGCCCCGUUCAGAGCCAGGCCCCGUUCAGACCCAGGCCCGUUCAGAACCAGGCCCCGUUCAGACCCAGGCCCGUUCAGAGCCAGGCCCGUUCAGAGCCAGGCCCCGUUCAGACCCAGGCCCGUUCAGAGCCAGGCCCGUUCAGACCCAGGCCCGUUCAGAGCCAGGCCCGUUCAGAGCCAGGCCCGUUCAGAGCCAGGCCCCGUUCAGAGCCAGGCCCGUUCAGAGCCAGGCCCGUUCAGAGCCAGGCCCAGGUCUUCAGACUCUGGUUCAUCUGA